AUGGCACCGAUGCGUAAGGAGCUGUCAGUGGUCGUACCGACCUACAACGAGGUGGAGAAUGUUCGCCCUUUGUGCGAAAGGCUAUUCAAGGCUUGUCGAGAGGCUGGUCUCACCAUAGAGCUCCUCCUGAUGGAUGAUGAGAGUGCUGGAUCUGAUGAGACUCGGAAGAUCGUCAACGUCCUAUCUAAUGAAGGCUAUACCAUAAGAAUGCACUGUCGCAAGGCUGAGGAGGGGCGUGGGUUGUCUUCGGCUGUACUACUGGGUUUUGCGAUGGCCAAGUACGACACCAUGGUGUGCAUGGAUGCAGACCUCCAACACGAGCCGGAGUCGGUCCCAGCGGUGGCUGACCCUGUGCUUAGAGGAGAGGCUGAGUUCACGGUGGGUUCCAGGUACUGUCGCGAUGGUGGGAUUGGCUUCCAGUGGUCGCUUAUUCGACGUAUCAUCUCGGAGGGUGCUACCUUGCUAGCCAUUGGGGUGGCGAAGUCCAGCGACCCCAUGUCUGGAUUCUUCUGUACUACUAAGGAGGUCUUCAACCGUGGCCACAACAAGUGCAACCCGAUUGGCUUCAAAAUCGGCCUGGAAUUGAUGGUACGCUGUAAUGCGAAUCCAGUCGUAGACGUUCCCAUCACCUUCCAAGAGAGAGUGGCUGGCGAAUCUAAGCUUACUAUGAAACAGAAUGUGCAGUACGUUGAACAGCUGGCGAGUCUCUACUUUGAGAAGUACUUCCUAUUCAUACUACUUCUACCGCUCCUUAUCGUAUUCGCCUUGGCCUACUGGAAGGGGUCGAUCCAGUGGUAAUGAGUGUGUCGGAAAAUGUUGGUAACAUCAACAAAAUUGGAGUCGUUUUUCUUCCAACUCUCUGAUGC